CACUCUUAAAUGGAAGCCAGCAGUGAAAAUAGGUUCAAUUUGUUGCCUCCUGGUCUCAGAUUUUGCCCAACUGAUGAAGACCUUGUGCUUCACUUUCUUUAUCAUAAGGCUUCUCUUGCCUCACCUCACCAUUCUUCCAAUUCCAUCAUUCCUCAGCUUCAACUUCAUCUCUAUAAUCCUUGGCAAUUCCAUGGGAGAGCACUUUCAAAUGGGGACAUUCAUUACUUUUUCAGCACAGUGGGAGAAAGCAAAGCAACAGAGAAUGGAUAUUGGAAAGAUGUUUUAAUGGAUGAGCCAAUCCUGUGCAGUGCCACUGGGGACGAAGUGGGUAUCAAAAAAUAUCAUAUUUUCUUUGUUGGUGAAGGAGAUGACUCGCCAACGCCCAUCCAAACCACCUGGGUUAUGCAAGAAUACCGCAUUUAUAGCUACCUUUUGGAUACCCAUGUCCACACUCCAGACACUCUACCAAAACAAGAAUCAGUUAUCUUCGUGUUCGACGUCGCAUACAUUGAUUUCUACUUUAGCCACCGUUAUUUGGCGUGACCAAUUCAUCUCGUCUAUUAGAAGCCCAACUUGAAGGUCGACGCUUGCCUCAACGUCAACCUUGGCCUUUUGUUGGUUGAGGAUAGGAAUUGACCUCAAUGUGUAUGAUCCUUUUUUUUUUUUUUUUUUUAAU